AACACCCCCUCGUGUAAAGGCACCCUCCCUGAAUCAGCCUACGUCAACGCCCCCAUAUGGGGCUCUGACGCUGGUACAACAGAGCUCAAGCUUCUCAGCAAAGUGCAGCGCCAGCAAGAAAAUCAUGAGCCCAUACGUCAAGACCAGCAGGAGAAUCACGAGCCCAUCCCUCAAAACCAGCGGGAUUUCAUGCUGAAGGAGCGCUGGCUCAUUUGGAUGCCGCGCUUUGGGCUGGGGAACUCGCUGAGGGCAUACACCUCCGCGUUCAUCUUUGCUUUGCUGUCAGGACGGAGGCUGCUGCGGUGGCAUGGGGGUAACCACAAGCAGGUCUUAGACCGUUUGUGCAACGCAUUCUACUGUGGGAUAGACGAGCUGCAAUAUAAAGGGGAUAUCGGCAGGCAUGCGAAGCUCAUGGAUUCACGGAAGCUAGAGGUUCAUGGCUUUGACUACAGCCCAAAUGUUGUGGCUGUUUACUCAGGUAAAUUCUUCGACAGAUUGUGGCGUGGCGACCAUCAGAUGAACCAGUGCGUGCACGACACCUUCUCCUGCACCUCCCUCUGGUGCAUCCGCUCCAAAGUGCUCUCUCUGCUCCUCGGCAAGGGCCCCAGGCCGGGAAUGCAAGAGGUGGUCGACAGAGACUUGAGGGUGGUGCCGCCUCUGGUGCUCCGAGGGGAAGCGGGGGGGAUGAAGGAGGGGGGGGUGACAGAAGGGAAGGUGGAGCCGCAGAUGGUUAAGAAAGGGGAGGGGUUAAGGCUGCAGUUUGACGUGGCGUUGCACAUCCGUGGGCAUGCUAUCCACGUGGAGGGCGAUUACUGUGUCAACAAGGACAAAAAAUGCCAGGAGAAAGCGCAGAAGGGAGAGCAAAUCCGAGAGCAUGCAUACAUGAAGCCACGGCAGUGGCGCUGCAUUGCCAGACUGAUGCAGUUCCUGCGGAUCAAGAAGGCUGCUGCUGCUGGUUUCACUAAUGCUGCAGCCGCUGCUGGCCGGUCUCCCAAUGCUACAACCGCUGCGGGUGGUUUCACUAAUGCUACAGCUGCUGCUGAUGGUUCUGCCAACGCUAUAGGCAGUACUGUUGGGGUAGUCAACGGUCAACCCCCUCAUGCUGAGGUCAACGCUGCCACCGAGUCAAGCAAAG